AACAAGACAAGUGAAUUUUCUCAUUUCUUGCACGACUGUUGAGGUUCUGCUUGCUUUCAACCAUCAUGUCUUCUAUUUCCGAUUACGUCGACCUCGGACAACCCAUGUUUUGGUUGUCUGUGGCUAGUAUCGUCUUCAACCCAACCUUUUGGAACACUGCAGCAAGAUCAGAAUACCACAACAAGACCAUUACCAAGCUGUUUGGCGGCAACUCGCUCUAUGGCUGCUAUGCCCUCGCCGUGACAAUCUUCACCAUCGGAAUCAUCAGAGACAGCAUCUACGAACGCGCCCUCCGCACCCAACCAACGCACCCCCUCCUCACCGGCCCCGUCUCCAACGCACUAGCCCUCGCCCUUUUCACCUCGGGUAACGUCCUCGUCCUCACCUCCAUGUACGCCCUCGGCAUCACGGGCACCUACCUCGGCGACUACUUUGGCAUCCUGAUGGAUGAAAUGGUCACGGGCUUCCCAUUCAACAUUUGCUCUGCUCCCAUGUACUAUGGAUCCACGCUCAGUUUCUUGGGAAGUGCUCUAUGGUUUGGAAAGCCGGCUGGUGUUGUGUUGACGGGUGUUGUGUUUGUGGUUUACAAGAUUGCGUUGAGGUUUGAGGAUCCGUUUACGGGCGGUAUCUAUGCUGAGAGGGAGAGAAAGGAGAAGGUUGAGGGAAAGAAGAGUCGUUGAAGAGGAGGAGGUAUUUGGAGGAAGCAAGACAAGGGCUCUGAAACGAAGAACACGGAGUUGGGGAGAUGGGAGGGCGAGCUCUCCGGGUUGCUUGAGUGGCUCGGUCAGUGAGAGGAAGAGAUUCAACAUAGGAAUGGCUCGACAGACGGCGGUGAGCAGCAGAGAGUGAGGCGGACGCAGAAACAGGACGAUUUCAAC